CUUUUAUCGAGGAAAGAUCCGGAAAUGCAAGCGACACUACGGGGUGAAAAAAGGAGUUAGAGUGAAACAUCAGUGCACAGUAUUUUAAAUACCAGUAUAUGCAUUAAAACAGUUUUUAAUCAUAAAGGCAGAAGUGUGGGAAAAGAUGAAUUCAUUACGAUCCAAUCACAAGAGCGGUACUCCAUCACUCCUUGGCCCAAAUCCCAUGUAUAUGAAAAAUUCUUCAGGAAUGGAUCUGUCACAGGCAACCCCUCUUCUGCAGAAUCCUCCAUCUUCAUCUGUAGGACAGAAGCAACGUGUUUUCACUGGUGUAGUGUCAAAAAUGCAUGACUGUUAUGGCAUAGUAGAUGAGGACGUAUUUUUUCAAUUGAGUGUAGUAAAGGGCAGAUUACCACAAGUUGGAGAGAAGGUUCUGGUCAAAGCUAUUUAUUACCCCACUCAGACCUCAAAGUGGAAUGCUCAAAAAAUUCAAGUCCUUAAUAACCAGCCUCUGUUAAAGUCCUUGCCAUCCCUUUUGCCCACUAUGGGUCAGAGCCAAAAGCAGGGAAUUCUGGGUUCCAAGCCUCAACCCUUGUUACUGCAGACAUCUUUAAUACCACCAUUAUUACCAAAUAUUCAGCAGGCUCAUCAGAAACCUGGACUCCUUCAAACACCCAGCCACCUUCUUCCACAUAUCCAGCACCCACGAUCAAACUUGUUUGAUGCAAGGACAGGAAGCAGAAAAAGGCGAGGUGAAGGAGGACGAGAAAUGGGUCGGUGGGACGAUUCACCGGGUAAGGGAGCAGAUAUUACUGGUCAAAAAAAGCGGAGAUGGCAGGGAGGUCUGGAGCUUAAAAUUGCCAACAGGCAUGAGCUCCGUUAUUCACCUCUUUUUUCUCGUUUUUCAAGAGAAAGUGACAUGUGUGACACUAUUGAACUUCUGCGUCGCUACCCCAAAAUCACAGUUCCUGACCAUUUUUUUGACUUGAGAAUAUGCUGGGUAGAAACACUUCCCGUGGGGAGACCCUUGACGCUACGUUACCCUAGUCGGUUCCACAUUGCUGAGCCCAAGUCUGAUAGUUCCCUUGAAGAUAUAAACGCGUGUGAUUCUGAAAAUAUUUACAAUGCAAAGGUAUUACUGUUAUCCAACCCUGGGUUAGAAGAGUUGUAUAAGAAGUGUUGCUUAUCAUCUGAAGAUCAGAAGGACUCCUCUUGUAAACCUGUUCACCCUAGCUCUCUGAUUAAGUUUUUAGUAGGUAUGAAAGAACAGGAAGCACUAAUACUUGGGGGACCCUGGAUUUCAUCUUUGGAUGGUCCUGAUCCAGAUAAAGACCCGUUAGUCUUGAUCCAAACAGCUAUCCGAUGCACCAGAGCACAGGCAGGAUUGGACUUGAUUACCUGCUCUCAGUGGUUUCGCUUUGCUGAAGUGCGGUACUUGCAUGGUGAGCGGGUAGAGACAACAGUGUUCUUUAUUCCUGAUGUGUGGCACUGCAUGCCCUCCUUACCAGAGUGGGAAACUAUAAAGAACAAUCACAAAGUAACUGUAGAUGACAAUGACACCACUGAAGAUGAGCAGGACAAGGGCAAAGGGGAGUCUCCCCCAAAACCAGAAUGUCAGGAUAGCUUGCCAGAUGAGCCCUCCAUUAUUUCAAGUCCACAGCAGAAAGCUGCAGGAGACAAGUUUACCUGUGCAACUCUUUCUUUAAAAACCUUAUUAGAAUGUCGGCAAGGCAGCAGUGAGUUUGCUUUUGAGGUGUUCCUGAUGGCUGAGCUGUUUAAUGAAAUGCUACAACGAGACUUUGGGUUUCUGAUUUACCAGACUCUCUGCCUACUUCCAGGACCAGAGACUGUACAAACUCAGGAUAAGAGUGAAGAAAACAAUCAAGACAUUAAGAUGACAUCUGAAGUUAAGAAAGAGGAAGAGGUAGAUGCAAAAUUUAAGGGUGAAGAGACUUUGAAAUUCGAGCAGAGUAAAAAGACAAAUGAUGAAAUAAUUGAUGACUGCUUGCUUUUACAAGAUGAUGAUGAAGAUGAUUUUGGGGUUUCUACAGAUGAGGGUGAGAUGAAGUCUGCUGUAUCAAAUUCAUUAGAUGCUGUCUCUAGUAAAGAAGUGGAAAAAGUAGAGCACAAUAAAUUGGUCCUAAGUCGGGAUGUUGUCCUGGCAUUCACAUACUUUGAUCAGAAUCUCUGUGGCUUCCUCAUGAACAAGGACCUUGAGGAAAUCCUCCAUUCUUUAGGACUACACCUCUCACCUGCUCAGGUUAAAGAUCUACUAUCCAAGUUUUCAUCAGAGAAUAAGUUUCAUUACCGAGAUUUAGCAGCUAGUUGCAAUAAUGCCACUGAGAAUCAAGAUAAGGAUCUUACCAUUGACUGCUUUGUGAAAGGAAACCUUGCUCUUUUGCCACCAUUACCUGCAAAGAGAAGCAUUGAUUCAUCUCACCAUUUGGGAGAUGAAACCUGUAAAUUUGCUUUGCAUAAGGGUGCUGUUGUCAACAUUGAAAAUCUGCUGCAGAAGCUGGAACAGGAUGAGAGCACACGGGUCCAUCUGGAGUGCAGAAUUAAUAAUUUGGAAGCCAGGCUAGGGGAGGCCUUAGCACAGAUAGCUACAGAAGAGGGGGAGAAGAAAUCCUUGAUUUCCAAACUGGAGUUUGCAGAGAAGAGUCUAACUGAAACACAAGAAAAACUAAGCAAAGCAGAAAAAAGACAUUCAGGUUGUGAGAAACAGCUGAAGGAAAAUGCAGGACAACUGUCGUUUGUUAUUGAGAAGAUGCAACGCAUUUUGAACAAGACUAACAGCAUGGUUGAGUCAAAAAAUGAAGAAGCAGAAAAGGAAGUAUAGUCAUCUUGGGAGUUACUUUUUGUAAGAUCCUGUAUUCUUCCAGCCAACAGACCAUUAAACCUAAGGACGAUCUGGCAGAAUAAGAGUUGACCCUGGUAGCCUUGAUGUAUUCAUUUUGGAGCUGUGCCUUUUAACAGAAUGGAAAGAAAAAGGGAUCUGAACAAUUAUGAACUGCACAGCUACAGAGACUUUAUUAAUGUGGCCUCUUUUCCUCUAGGUGAUGGGGAAGGCUUUUUAUUUUUGUUUUAUGUGUAGAUUGUUCUCCUUCAACCUCGACUUGUUCACUUCCAAAAGUAAGGGAACUGUCAGGUUGUCUAUAUCAGGUGGUAAAUUGAAUUUUUUUUUUUUUUUAAAGGCCAAUAAUCUGCCAAGAUUGUUAAGCAGGAAUUUCUCCUCUUAUAAACUGUCAUUCUUAUAGUACACUACAAAAAAAAUGCUAUGUGCCCAACUGUGUAGCUGGUAUAAUGGAUUUUGAUUUACAAGAACUGGAAUAUACUUACAUCACUUUUGGCUAGUUAGGAGAUGCAUCGCAGUAUGUGGUCUUCUGAUAAGCAUGCAGUACACUUUGGGCCUGGGGUCUUGUGCAGGGCAGAUUCAAAAGAAGUGCUGCCAAUGGGACGUUCUAGCUUUUUUUCCCCCUAUCUUUUAGGUUGGUUGCGUGUUAAUCAACGUCUUAAUUAUGUGAACUGGUUGCUGCUAUGUCAGAAUGGUAUUUAUAGGCAGUAUCUUUGUAAAGGCUUCAAUUUUUAACUGAAAUUAUUUUUACUUAGAUCAAUGUGAUAUUUAUAUUAUUUUGAAAUUGCCGAGAUAUCUUGGAUUAAUCUAUCAUGUUGCUUUAUUUUAUUUUAUUUUUUUGAGUUUUUGUUUAAUGUCAGAAAAUACUUUAAAUAAUAAUGCCUAACCCUUUGUAAUUUCAGGCAUGUGCACUUGUUUAAGGAAAGCGUGCUUUUAGAGAAACAGUGCAGAGUGUGAAGGAUGUGACACACAGCUGCUAUAUCUUCAUAUAAGUGGACUUUCACACUUCAAAUGUGUCCAAUUUUAGCAGUACUCAUGAGCCUUUAUAGAGUGUCUAAACUCUCUGUGUAAUCGUUUUUUUUUUGUUUGUUUGUUUUUGAUUGUGUUCCUAUAUAAUAUUUGGUGAAUUGUUAAUUUGUACACAAAAUUAUUCUAUGGGUGAUGUAAAAAUACAAGUUCCAUACCACCAAUUACUUUUUUACUUUCAAUUAUUAGAGUGGAACCAGUUUUACAAGUGACUUCCAUUCUAGGCCAGAUAGUUUUAAAAUUAGAAUGCCAGCUUUGGUCUUUGUCUGAUAAAUUUGACUGCUACCUUUAUGUGAUGGUACUUAUUUAUUGGAAUGUUGUCAUAUUUGUUUCACAAAGUGUUCGCUUCCCUCUUAAAGUGAAUGUUUUAAAAAAAAUACUUUAGGCAAACACCUCAGGGCAACUUACUGACUUAAUGUGUCUUCUUGACAAAGACAAAUAAUAUAAAUUUGCACUGUAUGAAGCCUUCUCUUUAAAUAUUUGAUUAAUCUUGUUGAGUGAGAGAGGCGCUAUGAUGGCACAAUGGUUUAGCACAGUUCCAGAUUUCUACGAUUGAUUCCAGGUAUGGUUAAUGUCUUUGUGAGGCUUGCCUUUUUUUCUUGUGGGUAAUCUUGUUACUUUUAACAAUGCAAAUAAUUUGGGACCAUACAAUGAACGUAUGUGAGUGAGUGCAGGCGGCUGUGCAUUAUUAUCUGUAAUGGAAUGGCACCCUGUUUGUAUCAUACCAUGUGACCAAUUUUGCCUUUGUAGGCUUCAGCUCUCUCUAACCCUGCAUUGGAUAAAGUGAUUUCUGGGUGGAUGGAUGGGUUGGUGGGUAUAGGAUAUAGUAAUGUGAUUUAAUGAUUUUUCUAGUCAAUGAUUUUAGAAAUGUGUAAAAAAUGUUUUUGUGAUGGUUAUAUUUUUCCUGCUAACAAUAUUACCAAUGAUAAAUAUAGUAUCAAUUUGCUGA